AUGGCUAAGAUAUAUCCUCAAACACUUACUAAUUCCUCUUACAUGACCCUUGAAAGAGAAACAUUUACAUUAUGGAUGAAAUCCCUUGUGUUUCAUGGAAAUGGCUGCACUGUCUAUGGAUCAAAUGGCGAAAUCGUUUAUCGAAUCGAUAACUACUACAAUAGCAAAUGUAGCGAUGAAGUAUAUCUGAUGGAUCUCCGAGGCCAAGUUCUCUUUUCUAUACGGCGAAAGAAACUAAAUGUUUUUGGACUUUGGGAUGGCUAUAAGUGGAGUAGUUCAAAAGUGGUGGAGGAGAGACCAUGGUUUCAAGUAAGAAAAAACAGCAAGAUUCUGAGGGGAACAAUGAAUUGUGAGGUUACUUUGGGGUGUGAUAAAGCUAAAGGAAAGUGCUACAAGAUAGUAGGUUUGGUUGGAAAAUCAGCAUUUAAGAUUAUGGACAGUGAAGGCAGACUUGUUGCACAGGUGAAGCAAAAGCAAUCAUCUUCAGGAGUUCCGUUGGGAGACGAUGUAAUGACAUUAGAGGUGGAACCACAGAUAGAUCAUUCUCUGAUUAUGGCUCUUGUGACUGUCUACGGAUUGAUCAAUCACAAGCUGUGA